AUGGCGAGUCACUGUCGACGUCACCAUUCGUGCACUUUUUCAUCAUCGCCGCGCUCGACCGUUCGCGCGCGCGCGGCGGUGGAACCCGAACGCGCGAGGGGUUCGGAUUACGCCACCGCGGCGAAGACGUUUGUGAGCUCGUUCUUUUACGACGGUGCGGAGGAGGAGGACGACGCAGAGUUUCGGUCGCUCACGAGCGCGUGCGCAAAGGACAUGCGACGGCGAUACGGUUCGAGCGAUUCGCUUCGGGUGAUCACGGACGACGAGGGGUGCGUGGCGUGCGGAGGAGUCGAGGUGCGGACGUACGCUGGGGCGAGAGAUUACGAAGACGUGAAGCGGGAUGGGAAGGGGGAGACGGCUGCGCUCAUCGAGCGUCCGGUGGUGGCGAACCUGGCGACGGCGAGACGGGCGAGGAAGAAGGGAUACGGCAAGGCGAUCAUGCGAUCGCUCGAGGAGUUGUGCCUCGAACGUGGGUUUGACGAGUGCGUGCUCGUGGUCGAGGCGAGGAACAAGCGGGCGCAGGGAUUUUAUAAAAAACUCGGAUAUCGCGUCAUCGGGAGCGAAUCCAAGGCCAAGGCUCUCGAGGUGGGCCCAGACGGUCGCUCGAGGGAGACGUACCUCAAAACGCUUGUCAUGCGAAAGAGCCUGACGAAUGCCAUCGAGAACGUGGAUCCAAUCACGGUGGUAUUCGCCCUGACCGCUUUGGCGGUCGCUGUUGCGGGACAGGACGCGGUGCUCGACUUCCUGUAUGAUCUCGGCUUUGACGUGUAG